AUGUCGCUUACUGAAGAAAGGUAUGCUGUCACUGUUAGUUAUAUAUACUCGCAACUGUCAGCUUCCGAAACACCAAACGACAGCACUGGAGAGGCGUUCUCCGACUUCAAGAUCGGCAACGUUGCUGACUUAGUUAAUGAUGAUGCUCCCGUGGAUGGAACUGAUAAAGAUGAACCUUCUGCAGCGGACUAUGACCCCACCCUUGACAUGAAAGCUGAGAGGGAAAGGCAUACAAGUGCGGACGUUUCUGCGGCGUCAUACGACGAGACUCAGACCACCAAACAAGAUGUUCUAAUCCCCGAUGCUGUUCCAGUGCAGCAAGAACAGCCUAAGGCGAAGGAUCCAUACGACAUGUUUGCAGAGGAUGAUGAUGAUAUGUUUGCCGAAGAAACACAGGAUACAACACAGCCAGCGCACGCAUCGGCCGUGCCGGCCGUGCCUCAGCCACAGGAGCUCGAUAUCAGCAUGAUGGACAAUUGGGACGAUCCGGAAGGAUACUACAAUGUGCGUCUUGGUGAGUUGAUCAAUGGGCGGUAUCAUGUACAGCAGAACCUCGGCAAAGGAAUGUUCUCAUCGGUCGUACGCGCGACCGACUCGAAAACUGGUAAGCUGGUUGCAGUCAAAAUCAUUCGACAGAACGACACCAUGAGGAAGGCAGGUAUGAAGGAAAUUGGCAUCUUGGAACAGCUUCGUGAAGCCGACCCCGACGAUAAGAAGCACAUUAUCAAAUUCGAACGCUAUUUCGAUCACAAGGGACACCUCUGCAUGGUUUUUGAGAAUCUCAGCAUGAACUUGCGCGAGGUCUUGAAGAAAUUUGGACGAGAUGUUGGGUUGAACUUAAUGGCGAUCCGGGCGUAUGCACAGCAGAUCUUCCUCGGGCUAAGUUUGCUUCGGAAGUGUAAUAUCCUCCAUGCGGACUUGAAACCCGACAAUCUGUUGGUAAAUGAACAGCGAAACAUUCUCAAGGUCUGUGACUUGGGCUCUGCAUCCUCGACUACGGAGAACGAAAUUACACCGUACCUUGUGAGUCGGUUCUACCGAGCCCCGGAGAUCAUCCUAGGAAUUCCCUACGAUCAGGCCAUUGAUGUAUGGUCCAUUGGCUGUACGCUGUUCGAAUUGUACACGGGCAAGAUUCUGUUUACGGGGCGGAAUAACAACCAGAUGCUACGGUCGAUCAUGGAAUGUCGCGGCAAAUACCCACCCAAGCUUCUGCGAAAGGGAUCGCUGACGCACAUGCAUUUUGACGACAUGUUAAAUUUCCACAGCACCGAAGAAGACAAGAUCACAGGGCGUCUGGUCACGCGGGUGGUUGACUUCAAAAAGCCCACUCGGGAUCUGAAAACAAGGCUGAUGGGCAAAGGUACUCGCGGAAUGACGGACAGCGAGGCAAAGGAGCUGGCACUGUUUGUGGAUCUGCUGGAUCGCUGUUUGAGUCUCAACCCGGAGAAGCGGUGCACGCCGGCUGAGGCUCUGAAGCAUCCGUUCAUUUCGCGGCCGAAGGCUUAG